GUGCGCCUUUCGUGUGUGGUGUCGUCGAGCCAGUCCACCGACACCCCCACCCACUCUUUUACAAUCUCUCCCAUCUACAAAUCGAUCGAUAAGAAAGUCACCAUGGCUUGGGAAUGACAGUUUCGCUCCAAGCGAUGGAGAUUUCUGCAGCCUCGCUGGCAGCUAUUGUUCGAAAUGCCGAUGCUACUACGCUUAUCGUGGAUUGCCGAUGCUUGGCCGAUUUCAAGCAGUCACACAUCCGACGAGCCACGAAUCCCUUCUAUUCUAAACUGCUUCAACGGCGUCUGCUAGAAGACAAGGUUGAUCACGUUCGCCUUGCUAAUCAGUUACGUUCGACCCUUUGCGAUAAGCAACUCGAGAACGAAAUGGUCGACGUCGUCCUAUACACCGAUGAACAACCAGACAAACCAUCGAGGUUUUGCCCAAAAAGAAGAAUGAACGCCUGUGCGCAGUUGGAAAAUCCAGUGAAGGUUUUGCGGAAGUUACGAGAUCAACUCGAGUGCACAAACGCUUUUGGCAAGAUUCAAGUGCUUGAGGGUGAGUUACUUCUUUUGGCCCAAAGCCAAGCUGCAAGUCCAACAGCAGCCGCAAGAGUCCACAGUGCCAGAACCCGCCGAGGUGAAAACUUUGGUGACCGUCGAAGAACCGUCAACAAGUGGCUUCCAAAAUUUCCGGCUACAAUUCCCACAACAGUGCGAAAGCGAGCAUUCGAGCGGUGUUUGUGUCUACAUUCUCCCCCGGAUGGCCCCACACAGAUCUUUCCGUUUAUGUAUCUCGGAAGUCAACAAGACGCAUUAAAUACGGAACAAAUGAAGGAGCGAGGUAUUACUCACGUAGUUAACUUAUCGAUUGGAUGUCCACGAGCGUCAGCUAUAACUAGCGAUGAAAAUUUCCUCCGAAUUCCCGUCAAUGAUUCAUAUCAGGAGAAGCUGUCACCACAUUUUGAGACCGCAUGGGAAUUUCUGGAAGGAGUUCGGAGGUCAGGAAACGUUGUGCUCAUCCAUUGUUUGGCUGGAAUAUCUCGCAGUCCUACAUUAGCCAUAUCAUACGUUAUGCGAUACAAGAACAUGUCCUCUGAAGAUGCCUAUAGGUUGGUGAAGGAGAAGCGACCGUCGAUUUCGCCAAAUUUCAAUUUUAUGGGUCAAUUGCUUGAAUACGAGCAGCUUCUGAUCAAAAAGGGCCUCUUAUCAGCAGAGGCCUCAUCGAAACGGGUUGAUCGGCCACUUUCGUUGAAACAAGAAUUUGAUGCAGAGGAUACGGACCCAACCGUUGCACCAGCGACAAAAGUGCCGAAAUCAGCCUCCACUCAUUGUGUGUUCUUUGAUCGACCCCGUGACUUCUCCACAAUCACCUCAACCGCCCGAGUAAAUGAGAAUGGAAAACGCGGACUGAAUGAUUCACUGGAUCGUCCGAAAGUUCUCGGCCUCUACAACGCGGACACAAAACGACACGUCGCCGAAGAAUUACCAUCACCGUCGACAGAAUUGUCCAAACUGACCUUUGCCGGCUGCCUUCCGUCACCGUCAUCACCGAUGGUUGAGACGCCAAAUCUCAAUCUGUCUUUGUCGAAUCCCUGCUUUGUCUCGCCGACGAGGGAAACGCCAGAGGCAGAAAGUAAACAUACGGAAGAAUGCGAGACGAGCCGGCGCAGUUACUUCAAACAUCGGAUAGUGUCGUUUUUCAAGCCACAACAUCCCUCCAGUCCCUGCUGUACCCCGUCUUCUCAAAAAACCUCUCGCCCUGAAAAUCUACAAUCUGCUGGAGUUCCAUACCUAGGAGUGAGAAAACAUAACAAAUCGAAUAGUCCUAUGCUUAACACGACAGUAGAAGAAGUCGAAUCUUCGCCUGAAUCAGGCUAUCAGGAAGGCGAGUACAAGACCUCACCGGAAGACUUAGACCGCGUUUCGCUGAGUUCGGCGAGUAGCGAGAUUGCAGUACAGUAGCCGUGUGUAGCCGCGCACUUUCCCGAUCUACUCUCAUUUUCGUCUGACGAACAUUUCUCCGUCAUCUUUCCUUAUCAGUCGUCUUUAUGGCAGCUGUUCAGUCCACGUUCAAUACGUUUCAAUUAUAUCUUUCAAACGGGUAUCGCAUAUGUGACUUUACUUUACUACGGACCAUUAUAAAUAGUCUAGAGUUGUUUGUAUUCAUCACACACAGCCAUUUACAGUGUCUCUCAUCCAGUUUUGUUUUUCUUCAAAUUUUAUUCGAGAAAUAAUGUGCACAUCUAG